AUGUGGCAGUAUAUCGUUUCAAGUUACUUCUCAAUACAUUAUCUAUGGUUUAGUGUUGUCUUUACACAAGUUUUAAUAUCAAAUUGUUCUAAGAAAGCUAAACCAACCAAACAGGUUACACCAACUAAAGAGGUUUCCCCGUUCAAGCCAGUUUUAGAAGCUGAAAAUCCUAGCGCUGAUAACAAUUCAAAAGAAUCAAAAGAAAGUAAAGAGAAAGCUACGCAAAAAGAUUCACUCUCAGCGGAAAAGGAAGGUAGUCGCGAAAAUGAGAAAAAUCAACCUCCUGGUUGGGAUAUCAAUAAAAUAAAACAGUCUGUGGAGGCCCGCCAACGAGAUAGCACUAAAACAGAUUUGCGAUCCGUACAAGAUGUCCUAUUCUUGUUAAAACCAAGAAAUUUCCCGGCUCAAAAUAGCCCGUUGCCAGGGGCUCCAGGUUACUCACCAGCUGCAGUUCAAAGUAAAUCGCCGGCUGUCGUUCAAGGAAACGUACCAACUCCCGUACAAAAUAGCCGUCCAGGCGUUCAAGGAAAAGAACCAAUAGCAGCUCAAAAUAUCCCUCCAGUCGUCGUUCAAGGAAAAGAACCAGUAGCAGCUCAAAAUAUCCCUCCAGUCGUCGUUCAAGGAAAAGAACCAGUAGCAGCUCAAAAUGUCCCUCCAGUCGUCGUACAGACUAAUGGAACAGCUGCCAGCAAAAGUAAAGGAAAAAGCAAUAAAGCAUUGCCAGCAGAUCGAACACAAGUUGUCAUGCUUGAACGACAAGAAGAUCGUGAAAUGUCAAUGUUAAUCCCCACGGAUUCUUUCUUGAACCCCCAAAUAAGCCCAAGCCAACCGAUGUCCUUCUAUGAUCCGUUACGCAUACAGCCCCCAGUGGAAGAAAGCAAGCCUCCACUCAAGCAACCCGAUAAAAACAACGUACUCGUCGAGGCUAAAACGCAAAUGGAACUGGCAUCGAGAAAGAAAUGA